UUUUUUUGAAUUACAAAAACAAAAAACCCUUUUGGAUCUUUUAGAUUUAUUUACCCAUUUAUCUACUGUGGUUUGGCUGCAUUUUUCUAACCUUUUUAUGCUAUCAAGUUCCUCUUGUGACCCAUGUAGAGAGUAACCAUUCCACAUUUUUAUCUGGGUCUCCUCAUUUUCUUCAAAAUACUCUUCAAUUGGUCAAGCUUAUAAGAACCCACUAGUUUUUGUAUCAGUAGUAAAAACCUCAGUCAUUCUAGACCAAAAGUUACUGGUUAGUGGUAGGAAUGUUGUCUGUGUAUACUUAUAUUCGAAGAUGCAAUGUGAUUUUCAUCUGAACUUGGUCACUUUAUCAUUGUUGGUGACAGAAUAAAGGUCAAAUGAGAAAAAGAAUGUCUAGUGUGAGUUAGGCCUUCAAAAAGCUUGAAGAUCCACUCCCUAUAAAGUUAUUCAAACUCAUGAAGGUGGAGUAAUUCAAGAGGAUUAUCAAAAAGAAGUGGAUGUAUAUGUCUACUACUCAGAAAACAAGCCAAUAUCGCUUGACUUCUAGUCAAAGAGCUAGAAUUCUUGAAAGAGUUCCCUUUGAAUCUGAGAAACCUUUCUUUAAGAUUCUUAUGCAGCCAUCACAUGUUGAUUCUAGGAGAGACCAACUUUUUGUACCACUAAACUUUGCCAUGAAAUACAUAAAGAAUCAAGGUGAUGCCGUUCUUUCGGGUCCUAAUGGCAAAUAUUGGUCAGCCGAAUUCAAAAUGAGGUCCCUAAAAGUCAAGAAUCGUGGGGCUAGAGUCUGCAAUGGUUGGCAAGAAUUUGUGAAGGGUUACAAUUUAGAAGUUGGUGAUGUCUGCAUUUUUGAGCUUCUUGAUGGAGUUCGGAUCACAUUUGAAGUUUCCAUUGUUCGAUUCGCUGAAUAUGAAUGUUGCCAGUGGUCUCAAGCUAGUAACUAUGCAAGUGGUGCAAGCAAGCCAUACAAAGAUGUGACAGUUAAGAUUGAAAUUGAGUAACUUAGUCCUUAUUGAAGUGGUUGGUAUGUCUGAGCUGAACCAGAACCUGUUGAAUCCAUGAUUAUGGACCAUGUUGAUGUGGUGCUAUGAGAUGUUAAGUGGGUUUUCUAUGAAUAUAGAACAUGUUUCAAGUUUAGCCUUAGUAUUCAGCUACAAUGGUUCUAUGUAAUGAGUGUAUAACAUGUAUAUCUAUAUAUGUGUGUGUGUGUGUAUGGUAAUGCUGCUUUUUGAAGUAAUUUUAAGUAUCUUAAUAUUACUGAGUUUUAAUUAGUUUUUAAUACAAAAUUACCAUUUUUAUUGUU